GUUUUACUAUCGACGGGCACGACGAAUUACAGACCGCCCCUGGAGCGCUCCAAGAGCGCCCCCAAACUCGGUUCCAUCGAGGAGACGAUAGAGGAGGAGGAAGAGGAAGAGCAAUCCCCUAUAGAAGAGGAGGACAGCGACGAGACCAGCGUGCGGGGUCAGAAUUUCCACGCGUCCCCUGUGGGGAGUCUUGCGAUAUCCGAGACGAUGUCGGACAUCGUGCAGUACGGUAACCGGACCACGGAGCUCGGCACGUCUCUCGCCCUCAGCAGGUCUACGUCACAACGCGGCAAGUCUGUCGACCAGGACGACGAGUUCGCCUCGUCGGAGGACUGCGUCUCGUCGGUGACGUGCAAUGGCGGCGAGCUCACAACUAAAAUAAACAUCACUGAUAGUCAUUUAACUGUUAAUAGGCAAUCAAGUUGUAGUAAUAGUCUUAACACAUCCAGUCAUAAGGAACCUAUGAAUUUUUCUUCCAAACCAACCCACAACAUGAGGCCUCCUGUUAUACGAAGGCGAUACUUGAGGUCCAUCAGCGUUGACACAGGCAGCGAUAACGGCGAUAUCGACGACUUCGACGAUAGCGACGAUAGCGGCACUCCAGUUCGCAGUCCCGCCUCUGCGCCUCCAUCUCACGUGACGCUUCGCAUCGCUUAUUCUUCAAGUCAGCCCUGCAGGGUGGAUGAUUCUGCGGACGAAGAACUCUGCAGUUCCUUGACAAGCACGGACACAACAGAGACGGUUUUAGACAGAAUCUUACCCGCACAUUCUAGCACUUACAUAAGCAGCGUCGACCACACCGAAGCAGUUUUAGAAAGAAUCUUGCCAACACAUUCCAGCACUCUUAUUAAUAUUGAGAGCAGUUCUCGAAGCUCUUCCGGAGUAGAUUUUAGAAGUAGCACUCGCCCUAAAACAUCCCAUGCUUCUUCCAUUGAGGUUGACCCCGAAAGCCAAGUUUUGAGCGACCCCCAAACAGUAGAAGACACAAUCACGCUCAUCAAUUGCUUGAGUCACUCUUUCUCACGGCAAAUGAGUCUUCCAGCAGAGUCCCACCAUCCCGACGAAUCUUUAACAUCUGACCAACCUGAGUCUUUGGGAUCACAUUGUGAUUCUUGUAGCUCCUCUUGUGGCGGCUGCUCCGACGCUGGAGGCGGAGGCUCGGAUGCUGGAGGUGGCGGUUCUGACAACGGCCAUUGUGUUCAUGCAGACAGAAGUUCAGGACGAGGUAUUUCUUCGUCGUCGUCCGGUGUGUCUGGUCGGCUUCUUGGUGUAGUUGUCAUUGGUAACUUGGAGAAUCUUGGUAACCUGAGCAACUUGAGUGCUCAGGCUGAGGAAGCCGAUAACAUUAGUGAAGAAAGUGGCUACGCGGAAGACAAAGACUUCCUGCAGUGCGCUGCNGACCAUACCUCUAGAGCGCAUACCUCUCUACCGUCAACCGCUUGCGUUGGUUCAUUUUAA